AUGACGCUGCCAACCAGUCAAACGCCAAUCAAACUUGUGCUGACGAACAGCAACCGGCACAAAAGCACCGAGGAGGCUUUACAAUUCUUCUGCAAAGAGGAGGAGACACACCAGGGGAGAGGCAUUUUCCAUACGAGCCAUGCUAACAACCCCGUCCGAGACGAUGCGUAUGAAACAGCGGAAGAACUUCUGGGAGAACUCCUCUACAUAGGGGUCCUCAUCAAGCACGUCAAUAAAUUACGUUCCAAAGAAAACACGAAAAAGUGGUUAAAACAGAACGCAAACUAUCAUGUCUAUGUGGAUAUAGUACUCGUGAGUGGCAAUGGGGUGGAAGUAUCCGCAUUGGCACAUAAACUGCAUUUGCAGGAGGAAAACCAUUUCGAUAGUGAACAGAGAAGAGUGCACAGGAGGGUGCUAGGCAGGAGAAGGGAUUCACCUAACAACGGGAGGGACCCCACAAAUGGGGCAAAACAAACCCAAGGGAGGAAAGUGCAAGCCAGUCUGACACCUCCGGGGGAGAUUGCAUUGCAGGUGGACGAAGACAGAAUUUCCUUCCCACUAGAUAACCACAAAGAGACAGGCGACAACAUUGAAGACGUUCUGCUUGCAACGGAGGAGCAAUACCAAGUGGAAGGGGUCAUUUAUUUUCUGGAGCUACCACUGACCAUUGCUCAGAGGUAUCUCAAUAAAGAACUACUAGUAAAGGUGCAGCUGUGUGAAAGCUGCAAUGUGGACAAAGGGAGAAGUGGGAACUCCUUCCUCAACGAUAGACAUGUGAAUGACUUGAGAAGGAUUUUCGACUAUCCGUCGCUGCUGCUGAGCAACGUGCAGUGGUCGUCGACUCUUACGUCCGGCAUGGCGCUCGAAAGGGAAAAAAAAAGGAAAAAGAAGAAGAGGAAUGGGGAGAAUGCAGAGAAUGGCGGGGAUAGCCGGGAUGGUGGUUAUGACAACGUUGGUGACCAUAGCGACCAUAGCGAUGAUGAUGACGACGCCGACCGCGAGGGCAACCCCUUCCCGCACCACAGCGACGAUGUCCGAAGCUUCCCGCCGAACGGAAACAUGCACAGCAUAUGCAACGGCAUCAACAAGCUGGAGGAACACCUCCACAGCGCAAGCUACGCAAACAGAGACUUCAAAAAAAUAAUCUUAACCAAGCCAAUCGUUGUCACCAAGCCUCUCAACAUAAAGUGUAGAGUAAUGGAGCCCUACCUCUACCUCGAAAUUGAGAAUGUAACGAAACAGAAUAGACUGCACAUUCAUGAGCUCUUUUCUAGAUCGGUGAACAUUGACAGUAGUGACACUUUUCCUUUUUCUCUUCUUCCGGAAGAGACCUACAGUCUCUAUCUUCCGAUUGUAAACUUCGUGCAGGUCCUCUCGCAGAAGAGUUCCCAAGACAGGGAAAGGAUGAGGAGCUCCCUGAGCAGCUCUGUGCACGCUUCUGAUGUGAGCAGUGGGCUACAUAACACCAUGCACGGUAUCGAUGCAGGUGCUUCCCUGUAUAACCCCUUCUUCCUCGGCGCAGAGGGAGGGAUCUCUCAUCAGAUGAGCAGACGCCGCAGUAGUGACGCACACCAGCGGGCAAGUCAACUUGCAGACGUGACGAAGCGAUCCAAGAACAAGAAUCAAAUUUCAUCCGUCCCAUUCGAAGAUCGGCAUAAACCUUUGUCUUUCCACUUCCAAAGCGACAAGAGCAUUAUCACGCUUUCCAUCAAAUGGAGCAUCGACGAGACUCCCGAUAACUCCAUAUGGUCCCAGUACUGUAUGGAGGUGGAGAUGCCAAAACCGCACACCUUCAGCCUUGAAGUUUCCUUCGUAAAGGAAAUCAAUUCUUCCUCCGUCCUUAUGGCCGUCUUCUCAUUUUAUAACCCCCACAACGAAGAGAUAGACCUUCUCAUCGAGAUGAAAGACGAGAGUGGUGCCCUGAACAACGAGGUCCACACUUCGCUCAUCUCCUUUAACUCGCUAAUCCACGUGGGGAUUAUCAAACCAUUUCAGCGCAAGUCGGUCAGCGUCCGCAUGCUUGCCAUUAUGUUCGGGGUGCACAACGUCCCCUUCAUUAAGAUCAUCAAUCGGGUGAGCGACACUGCCUAUUAUGUUGACUUGGGAUCCAUCCUUGUCACGGAAUAG